AUGAGCUCCUCCCUCGAGGCCAAGAUCGUCGUGCUGGGCGCGCAGGGAGUGGGAAAAACCUCCCUCGUCCACCGCUACGUCCGUAACGCCUUCAGCCCCUCGACAACAACAUCCACCGUCGGCGCAUCCUUCGUCACAAAACGCGUCCUCGACUCAACCUCCGACACAACAGUCCGCCUCCAGAUCUGGGAUACAGCAGGUCAAGAACGAUUCCGCUCGAUCUCCCGCCUCUACUAUCGUGGCGCGCACGCAUGCCUCCUCUGCUAUGACAUCACCGAUGAAAACAGUUUCGCCGAGAUGGCCGGCUGGCUGCGCGAAUUACGUCGGAACGUGAACGACGAUGACGAGCCGCUGGUAAUUCACGUCGUUGGUACGAAAUCGGAUAUCGUGGCUGAGGAUCCUGGGGCGCGAAGGGUCCCUUUCGAACGGACGAUUGCGUAUGUUGCUGAGCAGCUUUAUCCGAGCCGGGCGAGUACGCCGCCUCCAACUGCCAUGGGGUUGGGGAUGGGAUUUGGGAGUUUGGGAAGUGUCAGUGCGUUGCAGAGUCCUGAUAGUAAGCGCAGUUCGGCGUUUUGGGGCCAGGAGAUUGGAUGGGAUUGUUGUCACGAGAUCAGUGCCAGGGAUGGCGAGGGGAUUGAAGAGGUUUUCAGGGUUAUUACCCGGAAGUUGGUGGAGCAGAGGAAUCGGAGAGAUGCGGAGAGUAUGUUGUCUGUUGCUGGGACGCCUGCUGUGGAAGGUGUGAGUCCGUUCACGCCAGGUUUGGAUGGAGGGAGUUUUAGACUGGGCAUGGGGGAUAAGAGGAGGAGCUGGAUGGGGUUGGCGACGCCUAUUGCUGGGGAUGCGGAGGAGGUGCAGGUGAUGGAGACUGCACAAAAGAAGGGGAAGUGUUGUUGA